UAUAUAUAUAUAUAUAUACAUCACCUACUUUGCAUAGAUAUACACCAUAUAUCACGUAUGUGCAUGUCAAACUUAUCUUAGAUUCAAUUUGUUGAAAACAUCACCUACCUUCAAAGAUGACGAAAAUUACCAAUUGUUUUGCUUUGAUAUUCAUAUUGUUUCUGUUCCUCGUUUUGGGAACAAACUCAACACAAUUCAUAUUCAAAAACAAUUGUCCAAACAUCGUAUGGCCAGGGACCUUAACAGGUAGUGGGCCCGCAUUGCCAACUACCGGCUUCACUUUGAAUCCUGGUGCAACCUACAAUUUUGUCGCUGCCCCUUCUUGGUCAGGUCGCAUUUGGGCUCGCACUCUUUGCUCACAAGAUGCUACCACACAAAAGUUUGUAUGUGAAACUGCAGAUUGCGCAUCAGGUCAAGUACUGUGCAACGGAGCAGGGGCAAUCCCACCCGCCACCCUAGUAGAAUUCACCCUAAAUGGGAGUGGUAAUUUAGAUUUCUAUGACGUUAGCCUAGUCGAUGGAUACAAUUUGCCAGUAUCGGUGGUGCCAACGAAUAGACAAAGUUGUAAAUCCACGGGUUGCCCCGCGAACAUAAAUAGAUCAUGCCCACCAGAGUUGCAACUUAAAGAUGCUCAUAGUGGUGCAGUUAUAGCAUGUAAGAGUGCAUGCUUGGCCUUUAAUAAGCCAGAAUUUUGUUGCACUGGGGCAUAUGGUAAGCCACAAACUUGUCCACCAACAAAAUAUUCCAAUAUUUUUAAGUCACUUUGCCCUCAAGCUUAUAGUUAUGCUUAUGAUGAUAAGACUAGCACUUUUACAUGUCCUAGUGGAUCAAGUGAUUAUACAAUCACUUUUUGUCCUUAAUUGUAUGCAUGAAAGACAUCAUGCAAAAUUGUAAUGGCUAGUUAGAACUACCAUUGUUUUAAUAAAUAUAUUUGAGUUUUUUUAUAA